UGUAAAGAGCUAACCGCGUAAGUAGGGUUAAAGUUUAGUUUUAGAUCGUCGCGAGCUAGUUUAAGUCACAUGUGUCGCGGAGAAUGUCACCGACAUCGCUUCAGAGUAUUUCGAGUGCGGACAAAAUCGGAUUCCUGCCCGAGCAUGGGCUAGCGUCGAUCGGAUGUAUCUAAGGCCGGUGCAAUGCCGAGGGAAAUCGUGCCCAAAAUCGCGAUAGUUUUCUGGUUUGCAGCCAGUGUUGCAUGCUUGGAUACUCCGGAGUUCCAGAGGAACCUGCCAGCGAAGGUGAUUUGGGGCGUUUUAGGCAAGGAUGUGGAGUUACCUUGCGACAUAACCCCGCCAAUACCCAGCGAUAACUUCAAGAUGGUGUUUUGGUUCAAGGAUACGGACGGAAUGCCAUUAUAUAGCUUAGAUGCCCGGGGCGGACCUCUCGGUGAAGCCUCUCAUCUGGCAAUGAGUGAUGACCUCGGAUCCCGCUCCUACUUCAUCAAGGAUGAGCAACCCUCCAAAGCCAGGCUCAGGAUACGUAAUGUUACCAUACACGACGAGGGGGUCUUCAGAUGCAGGGUGGACUUCGAUAACUCACCAACCAGGAACUUCCAAGUUAAUCUGACAUUAGUAGUGCAGCCAUCUGCCCCCAGAAUCUUUAAUGCUGAAGGAAACGAAAUUAAACGAAACAGCAGCGCGGGACCCUUCCUGGAGGGUGAUGAGCUUUUUUUAUCGUGCCAGGUUACAGGUGGGCGUCCACGUCCUUCCCUGACCUGGUGGCACAACAACACUCUCAUCGACGGCGUUGUCGACUCUUCUGAAACCUCCUUCACCAUUGUAAACCAACUAACGAGGAGACACACGCCAAGAUCCUUCUGGAAGUCUCAUCUCGAAUGUAGAGCAUCGUCCUCAGCAAUCGCCGGUGAUGUCGUCCGUGUCGUCCCCAUCGUAGUUUUGUUGAAACCCAACAAGGUUAAAAUCGUCACUCCCAAUGAUUUGCUCUCGAUACACAAGCCCCAAAAUGUUAAAUGCGAGACUUCCGGAUCCUAUCCCCCAGCGAAAUUAACGUGGCUACUUGACGGGAAGCCUAUUAGGAAUGCCGUUGUUACGGAAGAAGUGACGGAUUCGUUUACGGGAAGCAUCAUCUCAUUAAACGUGGUGGCAGACAACGACGGCAAGGAUCUGGUAUGCCGAGCGAACAAUCCGCGAUUCCCUGGGGGCUCUCUCGAAGACAGACGACAGAUACAUGUUGCUUAUCCCCCCAAAGUGUCAGUGAAGUUGGACUCAGGGGUAAAUUCUCCAGUUAAGGAGGGAACAGACGUUACCCUUCGUUGCGAUUCUUCGGCACGUCCUAGUCCCUAUGGCUAUAGGUGGUAUCACGAUGGACACCUCGUUGCGCUUAAUGAAAGCGGGGGAGUUUUGCCCAUCGACCACAUCUUGACUCUCAAGUCUAUUCAGAAGAAGUCUCAGGGCCAAUAUGCCUGCUUCGCCACAAACACCGAAGGUGGCUCGUACAGCUCCCCCUUCGACUUAAUCAUACAAUACGCUCCUCGUUGCAAAAAGGGUUACGAAGUAAUGAGGGUCGGAAUCGUCAAGCACGAGCCACUUGUCGUUCAAUGUCACGUGGACUCGAUUCCCGAAGAUGUCCGUUUUUCCUGGACUUACAACACCAGUAAGGGCGUCUUUCCUGUUCUCGGAGCGAAGAUGCAUAACAAUGGGGGCGUUUCCACCCUGCAUUUUAACCCUUCGACGGAAGACAUCGACUCGCUUUCUUGUUGGGCUACUAACGACGUGGGCAAGCAGGAACAACCCUGCUUGUUCUACAUCAUUCCUGCAGUCCCCAACUUUGCAGAGACACCCGAAUCCCCCCGACACUGCAUCCUCCGGAACGCCUCCCACGGCGGGCUGGAGGUGGCCUGCGUGGCGGGCGCCGACGGCGGCCUCCACCAGAGCUUCGUCCUGGAGGUGAACGACGUCACCAUUCCCUCGCCGCCGCCCGGCGUUACGACGCUGAGCGACCAGGGGGAGGCCAAGCUGCUCUACCGGGCGCUGGGGGACAAACCCAUGUUUCGGCUGCACAGCCUUCAUCCUGGAAGGGAGUACCAGAUUAUGGUCUACGCCGAGAACGCCAAAGGCAGGAGCGAGCCGCCCGUGCUGCUGCCGAGCGUCAGAGUAGAGGCCGAAAUCCCGGCUGAUACACUUCAUGAGACCGACACAACAACAAGACCCGGGUCUGAAGGAUAUCCCUCGUCUAGGCAGAAUUUAACCGUAAUAUUAGUAGCACUGACCGCAGCUGCAGUGCUUCUCAUUGUGGGGAUUGUAGCAACGGCCGUUACAAUCGCUUGUAGGAAGACUCCCGCGGCCGCUCGCAGGCAGACGACCAGGAGGAAGUCUUCGGAUGACUUGGAAAUGUCCGAAGCCGGGUUCAGCGAGGGCUUCCAGAGACGCAGUGCCCAGUAUAGGGCCAGCAUGUACGGUCUACAAGAGACUGAAGACAGGAUAUCGAGGCUCAUCGAUGGACCUGACUUAAUUCUAGCUCCUGUGAGUUUUUCGCAACAAAACUCCGAGUACUGACAGGAAGCAGAAGCAGAAGAGACGCAGUCAAGCUAUUUGGACACCCCAUUCCAGACCUCUGUUGUAAAUAAUUUUUAGUCUAGAUUAAAAUUUUACAGAAACGGAACUGAAAAUUUAAUUUAGUGUGAUUUAUUUUAGUUAGUCAACGAUGAAGUACAAGUUUUGUAACAGAUUUUUCUUCUCAAACGCAAGCAGUAUUACAAAAGUUAUAUUUUUGAUCUAAGAUAAAGUCGUCUAUUCUUUUUCAAAAUAGUGAAAUUUUUUGAAAAAAUGUUUGAUUUUCUUAUUCACAACAUUGCAAAUACAUAUUUAACAACACUUAUUAGUAUACGGAGAGUGAUAUUCACAAUUGAUUUUUUUACUGAUUGUGUAAAUAUAAAAAAUGCCUGUAGCUAGUGUGUGUACGCAAAACAUUUUGUUAAAAUCAUUAAUACCAAAAAAUUGUUUAAAAUAAAGGUUUGUCAGAAAUGUAUCCUCAGGUAUAUUUUUAGAAUUGUAUAUUUAGGCAGUAAUCUUAAUAAAAUAAAAGGUUUUAUCUAAUAA